CCUGCGCUCGCCUCCUCUUCCUCGCAGCGGAGUUUGGCCCCAGCAGCCGCCGCGGUGAUUCGCCAGCAACAGAUGCCGGGCGCCCAGAUUGGCAUCUUUAGUCCCCGCUGAGCGCCCGAAGAAGAGGGCAGGAACCAGAGAAGGGCCUGGAAGGCGGGGACGGGAGUGCAGAGACCACCCCUCCCCAACCCCAAAAGGCAGAAGCCCCCGCCCCCCACCGGAGAGCUCUGCGCCGGCCAAGCGCCUGCCUGCUGCCGCUGCCGCUGCCGCUGCCUCGGGCGCCCACCUCUCCCCAGCCAUGCCCGGCCCGGCCGCCGACGGGAGGCAGGUCCCCUUCCGCAACGCCAAGGAGGAGAUCCGUGCGAGGAUCGAAGUCUCGGAAGGCGGCGGCGACCCGCAGAGACUGGGCGGGCGCGGGCAGCGGCAGAUCGUCGUCUGGAGAAACGUCGUCCUGAUGAGCCUGCUCCACUUGGGGGCCGUGUACUCCCUGGCCCUUAUCCCCAAAGCCAAGCUGCUCACCCUGCUCUGGGCGUACUUCUGCUUCCUCCUAUCUGCUCUGGGUGUGACAGCUGGUGCCCAUCGCUUGUGGAGCCACAGGUCCUACAAAGCCAAGCUGCCUCUGAGGAUAUUUCUGGCUGUUGCCAACUCCAUGGCUUUCCAGAAUGACAUCUUCGAGUGGUCCAGGGACCACCGAGUCCACCACAAGUACUCAGAGACCGAUGCUGACCCACACAAUGCCCGCCGGGGCUUCUUCUUCUCCCAUAUCGGGUGGCUCUUUGUUCGCAAACAUCCAGAUGUCAUUGAGAAGGGGAGAAAACUUGACCUCACUGACCUGCUGGCUGAUCCUGUGGUCCGAUUCCAGAGAAAGUACUAUAAGAUCACUGUGGUGCUCAUGUGCUUUGUGAUCCCCACGCUGGUACCCUGGUGUGCCUGGGAAGAGAGUCUGUGGAACUCCUAUUUCUUGGCCUCCAUCCUCCGCUAUACCAUCUCACUCAACAUCAGCUGGCUGGUCAACAGUGCUGCCCACAUGUAUGGAAACCGGCCCUACGACAAGCACAUCAGCCCUCGGCAGAACCCACUCGUCACCCUGGGUGCCAUUGGUGAAGGCUUCCACAAUUACCACCAUACCUUUCCCUUUGACUACUCUGCGAGUGAAUUUGGCUUAAAUUUCAACCCAACCACUUGGUUCAUUGACCUCAUGUGCUGGCUGGGACUGGCCACUGACCGCAAACGAGCAACCAAGCCAAUGAUCAAGGCCCGGAAAGCCAGGACUGGAGACGGCAGCACUUGAACCUGGAACUGGCAUCCAACAUGUUUGCCAUUGAUACCUUAGUUCAUGGCUUUUGUUCCUAUAGUUCUCUUGUUCAUUGGAUGUGGGAGGGGGUAGAGGCUGGGGAGGGAAAGGAAUCUAUGUGGUUUGGGAACUUUUCGUUUGUCUCAAAAUAAUGUCAAGAUAUAACUAUCAAUGAAAAAAAGUUUUUAGCAUCAGUGUAACUAUGAUUUUAACAUUAGAUGUGAACAUGUGAUUUAAUCGUUGUAGCUACAAUAUGUCAAACACACAUGGUCAUGUGCUUGAACGUGAUGUUAACCCUGACAGGAUGAAGGAAUUUAAUAUUCUUUCAGUGUGAUUCAGGAGAGCAUUUGCUUUCUUUUCUACCAGUUAACCCAGCACUGUUUUUAAACACAUUAUCUGAAGGUAGAAGACAAAAGAGAGGGUCUAAGUAACUAAAGAAUGUUUCUGUUUUGUAA